UAUUGUUUUGUAUUCAUGUUUCAGUAUCUGGAUGAUUAUUUAGACACAAACUGCCUCAGGUACUCAAGAAUCUGUCAUCGGUUUUCCAGUCCUGUUUCGAAAUGCCGCGUUUUGACAAAGGUUAUAGCUGAUGGCAUUAUGACACCCAGACACUCAAAACGUGUGGCAAGAACUGUACCAAAGACAGUUGCAUUCAUUGAUCUCACAGACAGUCCUUCAAAAAUCAAUAAUUUCCCUACGACGUUUCGGAAUAAUGCUUCAUCCGAAGAAAAUGUGACUGAUGUGAAAAAGUGCUGUCUCCACCACAGUGAGUUCCAGACUGACAAAACAAAGCAGGGUGAAGAGAAGAAUAGCUUGGCCAAUAGUGCAUGCCCGAUCUGCCUGGAGAAUUUGGAAUUCUUUUCACCAUCUCAAGGUCGUCAAGUAAUGUCAACACUUUGUGGCCAUCUGUUUUGUCAGAACUGUAUUACAAGUGUUCUGAAGAGUUCAAAGGAAUGUCCAUCUUGCUGUCGGCGCUUGAAAUUGAGUGAUAUCCAUCCUAUUUUCAUACCAUAAAGAUUUAUAUGGAGGGGGAGGGGGGGGGCGAGAGAGAGAGAGAGAGAGAGAGAGAGAGAGAGAGAGAGAGAGAGAGAGAGUGAGUGUAUGAGUGUACGUGCAUGCGCAGUGCCCUCACUAAAUGUGGGUAAACUCUUCACAACUGUCACUCGGCAGAGUAAACCUAUGAAGCAAAAUGAGGGAGUAUGUAGUAAUAAAUGUAUAUGUGGUUUUUUUUAAAGUUGUUACUUGGAUGACUACAGGUGUAAAUUUCACAGUUUAUAAAGAUGCUACUUGCUGGUUGUUUGGUAGUGUACUGGGCACUCACUAUAUGCGUUUAUUUUUAAUCUAAAGUGUUGUAACAUUUUCAGCUUCAUAGCCAUAAUGUAACUGCCUGCUGCUAUUCCUUUCAUUUAUCAUUUGCUGGGUUGUGAUAUGUCACUCUUACAGAAAUAAACUGCAACUCCCAUAAGUUAGGGUAUGAAUUGUCACUUCCCAUUCAUCUGUUGUACAGUACCUUAUUUUAUUUUUUUCUUGUGCUGCUCUUUCUUGUUCAAUAACUGUUAUGUAACAUAUGUUCCAAAUUAUAUUAUUAUAUGUAUUAUAGUCUUUUCAAGAGUUUGUUGCUAUCCUCUUACCUGUUUUCCACCUGUCAACUUACACUACUCUUUAUCUCUGGUGCACCAACUGUUAAUAAUGUGGUUUUUUGCGAGCUCAUACACUACUGAGGAAUGGUUCAGGAGUUUAAUCUCAAUGUGUUUAAAUCUUUAUUGUAUAUACAUUAAUAUUAGUGAGAGCUGCUGAUUGCAGAAUCAGCAUCCCGCUGUAAUGAGUGAGAUGUCGAGCUCAUAGAGUUUUGGUGUAAAGUUUUCUAGAAAAUAAAAAAAGCAUUGUAGUAUAAAAGUGUGUGUUGAACUGAUAUGAGAGUUGAAUUAUUAUUAACUACUUUGUAUUACUAGUUAUCUAACCUCUACCCUGUGUUACUGAAGUAAUCCUUCACUACAUAAAAUGUAUCGGUUAAUGAGAACCGUUUUACCCAUAAUUUGAAAUAAGCUUGUUUUCGUACUCUCUUAAAGAACAAAAUAAAUCUGUGAUACUGA